AUGGAGGACAUACUUGGAUCGACGCCCAAGCAGAGCGACUACUUGAAGCCUGCAGCGGCGGAAGAAGCGGAGGACGAAACAGAGCCAUUUUGGCGACGGCUUACUCGCAAAUUCAUCCGCGACAUCAUAGGUAUUGAUGAGCCACUUCUCUCGGUCAUCGUUGGCGAGUCAUUACCCGAAGAAGCUCAAUCAGAGGUCAAGGCAGUACCAUUGGCCACUAUUCCCGAGUCCUCUACUGCGGUGUCGAUCAACACAGACAACGCCUGGCGAGAUCGGCUGUUACAGCGGAUAGCUCGUGAACUCGGCGUCUGUGUAUCAGCAAUCUCGCCACAUUCGGGUGCCUUUACCACCUACACAUCCCAAAUGCAUGACUAUGCGGGCAUGCGGCUGCAGCCCAGCACAACGCCUCCAAAGGAAUCACCUUUGACUCGUCCAUCGAUUCAGGCGCAACCUCAAGCAAUAUUGUCAUCCACACUCACCCCUCAAUUCUCACCAACAAUACACAGUCCUCACCACGCUGCAACAUGGGGCUUCGAAGAGGCGGACGAGCCAGCAUUAAGCACAACAUCAUCUCAUUUAGCCGACUCCCUUGAUCUACAGCGCGAACGCGAGUACUGGGAACGCGCUGUAGACGUCCGAAUGGUCUUCCGCUUCCUCAAGGACCGCAUCGUUGGUCGCAGCACGCCACAGCCACACGACCACGACUUGAAAAAGUCCAGCCUGGGCACCUCACCCGAAGCAAUUGGUCAGCGCAGCGCCAUCAUACGUCAGCACCAUCCCCUUGUUGCAAGAGCACACGCGAGACCGACGACAGCAGCACUGGCCGCAAGGCGUGGAAGUCAAGGGCAGAAUGUGGCAGCAGGCCCUACAAUCAGGCGGCCGAGCAGCAGCUGUGCGAGCGAGAGUGUCAAGAGCCGGAGUCGUACCAGCUCAAAGGGGACAGGCACUGGAAGCAGGAACUAUUGGGACCUUGGAGGCAGUGUUGGGAGUGGCAGCGUGCUGGCAAGCGGCGGCCUAUGGGGUGAGGCUUGA